CGGUCGACGCUCUUCGCCGGUCUCGCCUCAUCUUCAAUGGUCAUGAAAGCCUGGUGCCACUUCCUGUUCGCGCUGCUGUGCUCGGGCGUCGUCGCCAUGCCGACGCCUGAGGAAUGCGCGCCUCUGCUCGCCCCGUUGCCGCUGAACGACCGCCAACAGCUGUCGGGCAAGUGGACGUUCAUCUCGGGCUACACGGACAACAAGGUCUUCGACGCCAUCCUGAAAAUCAGCGGGAACACCCGUGUCACCAUCAGCGCCGCCGCCCACAACGACAAGGACUUGGUCCUCUACGAGGAGAUGAUGAUGAACGGUACCUGCUUCGGCACCAAGAUGAACAUGUCCAUCGACGGCAACGUGGCAUCCGGCAAAAUGCAAAACAUCUCGUCCGCCUACCACUUGCUGCCCACGUGCGACGGCUGCCAGUUGUUAAGCAUCAACAGCACGGGUCAUAACCUGAAGACCUUCCUGGAGGCUUUCGGCAUCCACCUCGACGAAGCCGUCAACGAUGAGAUCAGUGCCCGCUCCCUCUACCUGUUCGCUCCGGGGAACACGGUCAAGGACUCAGACCUGGAACAAUUCAAGAAGCAGGCCCACUGCUUGGGCUUCUCCGGGGAACCCAACUUCAUAAUCGACCCCAAACAAGACUUCUGUGACGGCCACGAGGUGGUCAUGCUCAACUGACGUGCUGAUUAAAGAAACCAAAGAGCAA